AUGGCGGAUGAAAGUGGUGAGCUUAUUCUCUCUUCCCCUCCGUCCCAAUUACGACUAGCAAAAGCUUGCAGUUCUUUUGCAGAUUGUAGCCAUAGUUUGCCAUCUCUACACACUGGGCGGUAUGGGUGGAUCAUAGUGUUGCUUCGAGGUAGCUAGAGGCGUAUGGGCAGAGAUCCGAACAUACCAACGCCUAGGGAAAAGCGCUACGCAGAGAUUUAUGCACUUGGAUUCCCGAUGAUUUUGACCAAUCGAGCUGUUUGGGAAUUUGAAAGCAAGUUCCUGACGACUUUGCGGAAGUCUUCUCUCGUUUGUCGAGGUUGAAUAAGAUCACGCUCAGGACUAGUUGAUAGGAUCCUUUUUCUGUCCUUGGGAAAAGAAAGGGAUAUGGGGUUUCCCUCUUGCCCCGCCCGACGUGAUCUUCACCCACCCAGUGGCAAAGUUCGCUAGGGAAUAAGUAACCUGCUGUGCCUGAGCUGGAGCUUAAUUCUACUCCGUUGCCUUUUUUUGUAUGUAAAUACUUGACGAACUUUUAUGGUAUUUCGACUGUGAGGUGCGUCACACUCAUCAUGUGGUGGCGAACAUACAUGAUCCUUCACGAUAAAUGGUAAUCCGUUCAUGGUCUCGAGGACGAGUCAUCCUCCUUGUGGAUAUUUAUGAGAAACGCCCACCCACUGGUUGUGUGAGCAGAACUUGACAUAUCGAGAUGGCCAUUGGAUGAGUCUGACCGACAUGGGUUGUACUAAUCAUUCAUUGCUUAUUCAAAUAAUGUCGACAAUCCGCCAUGGAUACACUACGACAGAGCAUUGUUGGAUGAAUAUAUAAGAUGCACCUUGUCUAAUUAUUUUUGGCGCUUCUGAUUUGAAGUGUAAGGGGUAAACAUUGAAAACGUAAAGGGCUGCAUGUCAUUGUGAAAAUUCAAUGAUUCGUCAUAAGCAAAUUCACCACCGACACGUUAUGAUGUUUGUGGAUACCGGAGAAUAAACGACAAAGGGUUCUGGGAAUCAUGGAGGAUUGAAGUUCAUUGCAGCUAUUGUCUGUGAUGAGAAAUCUUGUCUACAUGUUUGCUCAUUUUUUCUCUUCUUCACGGUACUGUAUAAUUCUACAACCUAUAUCCUUGUGAACUUUUGUUGCAGUGGUGUCACCUCAGAGAAGAAUUUCCAUGACAAACAACCAUGGAGAGAAGCUCGUAGGGAUUCUGCAUGAGACUGGCUCAAAAGAGCUUGUCAUAUUGUGCCAUGGAUUCCGGUCUUCGAAGGUAAUAUUUUCAGCAUGUAUUCUGAAAUAUUUCUUCUCUGUAUCCAUAUUGUAUUUCAGCAUUUAUGAGAUGUGCGUCUCUUUGGAAAUAUAUGUACAUAUAUCUCAACGUGUUCUGGAAUAAGUGUAAGAUGUAUGAUACGCUCUUAGUCCAGGGUAAAAUUAUCACACUUUGUUUCUCUGUUGACAAAAUUUCAUGUAUCCUGUUUUCCCGGUCCUUGUUGGAAUUGGCACUACUGGACUGAUGCAAUAAUGGUAUUAAUCCAAAAUCAUGCUAAAAUUGGUCAACUGGGCUGGGAAAAAAAAGGGUCCCACGUACCCACCAAAUUCCCCAGGAGUGGGUUGAAAAAUAGAAAAUCCGAGGGUGGAUGGUAGUGUGGGGGCAGUGGAAGGGUGGGAGAGAGAAGGGAAAAAUCGGUGAUGGGCUGGGGAGAAAGAGAGAGGUAACUUUUUAUAUAUUACCAUUUCAUCAGAGGCAGUGUGGGAUGUGAAUUUGGAAUCCAUGAAAGGCUACCUUGUUUCUGCUUUUGAGAAAUAGAGGGAAAGAGAGAGACAUUUGCCUUUCUUUCAUCUUCAAAGCCAGAUAGUGGCAAAUCCGAGGAGAUUUUCUGACUUGGAAACGCUUUUGGUCUGUCAGCCAUUCCAACGAUUAGAGUCCAAUCCAGCUGUAUUUCCAAAUGCCACGUGAGAGAAAAAGCUUUCUACUAUGGCGUGUAAUAAUUUCCUGGAAAAGAGCUAAGAAAUUCAACCAGUUAUUCCUCUUAUUCCCCUCAUAAAUUGCAUCUAAUGCAAAGGUGUUCGUUGUAGUUAUCUGUUCGAAAUGUUCAGUCCAUAUUGGGAAACCUGGUCUGAAAGGACGUAACCUCCUUAUCUUUCUUAUCAAAAUGAGUGAACCCUUCAUGCUUGGUAUUGACCUACAAAUGGACGUGGAACUGCCCAUUAACUGGUCAUCUCCAAAUAUGGUUAGUGAUAUCCUGAAACUGUCAGAAUGUCACAACUAGCUGAUUGUCUAUGAAUUUCCUUGCUGAACAUCACCGGCUGCUGGUCUGGAUCCCUCUAAUUAUUGUCAGAGUCAUUAUUUUAGUGGAACAUUGUUAGUCUUGGCUUCUUUUUCAGUGUACCACAGUCCCCUGACCUUUUAUUGGCCUUACCCUGGAUAAUAAACGAAUAGAAAUCUGGUGGAUACAUUUUCAUUAGAACCUCUGAAACAAUGUUUUCGAUCCUGUUGCCUGGGCGGCAAUUUGCACUGGAACUUCAUUUCCGCUAAAUUCUCUGACAGCCAUUUCACUUCCACGCAGUUUGGGUUCUUAUUGGACAGUUACUUUCCUUUUUACGCCUUUUUGUGAAAUGUGAUUGUUUAUUCUAUUGAUUCAAUAAUUUUUGUGAAUAUCGUUUGCCCAUUCUUAUUGCUGUUGAUCUACAGGAAGAAAAAAUUCUUUUGAAUCUUGUUUCUGUCUUAUCAAGAGAAGGAAUCAGCACCUUUCGCUUUGACUUUUCUGGAAAUGGGUAAGGACAUCUGACGUUUCUCAGUUUAGUUUCUGUCAAAAAUAUCCAGCAAUCUGUUUAUCAGUAAUGUUAAAUGCGUUACCAAUUGUAGUAGCUCUUUUGGCCCUGUUACUUCUCCGGAAAACUUAUUCUUAGGUCUGUUCAGCACGAAGGUUAGCACUAAUUCUGUUAUUGACUCAAAUGGCAGUUGAUUUACUCUAGGGAGAGUCUGUAUUUGUUCGCUACAGCAUCUAUAAGACUUUAUAGAGUUGAUUUUUCUCAGAAGGCCAUUUCUCUUAUCAUACUUUGUUUUGCUUAUUAGCCAAAAGCAGUGCACCGUCGCAAACCUUAUGUCACACCAUUUCUUGAUGUUCCCCUAGACAAAAUAGCCGUUGAUUGGAGCUGGGCAUUUACAUGAAACAAAUUAUGCCUGAAUACAUCGUAGAGCUAGGAUAGAUAGAUCUAUUUUUGUAGCUGAAGGCAAUGCUUUCGGUAAAUUACUAUAACCAUUAUAGUCCUGGUUUUUUUUUCUGAUUAAUCUGGCUGAAAGGAGAUGGUUGUGAAUAUUCUCCCUCUGUUCACUAACGACAUGGGCUGUGUGAGGUGGUAUCUAUGAUGAACCUAUGACGAUCAUGGUGCCUUUGCUGUCUUCUCCAAGUUUAAAAAAUAUAACGAGGCCCAUUAAUUCAGCCCAGCGUGCUGUAGAUUGCAAAUACAAAUUUUGCGUCUGAGUUUAUUGCUAUUUUUACAUUCUGGAUAUAUAUUUUUUUCUAUUUUAUAAUUAAUUACUUGUGAUAAUCUACUUUCGAAAAACCAUUCCUGUGCUAGCCUUUGCAAGCACUACAUUGUUCUAUUUUGAACGGAUGGUCUGUAAGGCUUUUGAUCUCAUAUUUGAGCCAUUUUGCACGUAUGUUGCAUUUUAUUUGUUUCCCAGGGAAAGUGAAGGGACCUUUCAGUAUGGUAAUUAUCGAAAAGAGGCUGGUGAUUUACGUUCUGUUAUUCAGCACUUUUUGGGGGAAGAGCGGGAGAUCAUUGCCAUUGCUGGCCACAGUAAAGGUAAACAUAAAAUACCGAAAUUCGGAAAGCUUUGAAUUAUUCGAUUGCAUGACACAUUCUAAAUAAAAUUGCAAGGGGAAAGUGUACGAAAUGAAUAUUUGUAACCGAAUUGAUUUAGUUAUGCCUUGAACUUGCUUAAUGUGUAUCUGGGCACUCGACAGGACAUGAUUGUGAUGAUCUGGAAUAGUUAACUGUCAUAGACGUGCUUUUUUCUUACAAGACUUGUGAGAAUUUGUGAGAAUUUUUUUUGUUCCUUGAAGAUUAUGUCGGUAACCUCUGCUUAUGCAGCGAUGUUGGUGCACGUAUACUUAGUUUCUGGAAUUGUGAUUUGUGAUUCCUUUUUAUGGUUUACAAGACUGUUGAAAAUUAAAUUUUACCGUGGUGUUUUGUUUUCAUCACUUUCUACUGAAUGAAUCCUGAUUCGUGAUGUCUUUUUGCCCUAUUCGGAGCUAUGCUCGUAUAAGAUAUUGUUCUCUUGGACGGCAACAUUGGUGGUUCUUCCUUCAUAAUGUGAUUUAAAGUCUAACAUUAUGUAGUUGGUUGAGAACAUAUGUGUGAUCUUUUUGGCUCGGCACGUUUUAGACUUGACAUUUCAACCUUGGUUCCAUAUUUUAAUUUUGGAGAAUUAUGUAGAUCUCCUUUGCUUAGUUGCUCCCAAAUAACAUAAAAUAAUAAAAUAUUGAAAACUCUAAUCUCUUGCAGGAGGAAAUGCAGUUCUCCUAUAUGCAUCAAUGUAUCACGACAUAAAGAAAGUCAUCAAUAUCUCUGGCCGAUUUGCACUGGAUAGAGGGAUGGAAGGUCGCCUCGGGAAAAACUUUAUGGAAAGAGUUAAGGAAGCUGGAUUUAUCGACGUAAAGGAUAAAUUAGGUAACCUUCAUCAGUUAUGUUCAUCAGUGUUCUUAUUUUCUUAUUGUCCUUAUUAUUUGGCUCCAGGGGCUCUCCUGAGCCCAGUAUAUGCCGGCACAGGUAAGAUCUUUAGUCUUCCCUUGAAAUUAGACCUCCAAUGGACUUACUCUAACCACAGAUGGUGCAUAGGGUAAACAUAUUCCUUAUAGGAUUUGAAAAGACAUCUAAAAUCAAAUUUAACGCCAUGUGCUGCCAAGGUAAAUAAGUUGGACGGUUUGGUUUCAAGAUAUUGGCAUGUCCUGGAAUAUAAUAAUCUUCUUGAUGUUAUGUUAAUUGCUGAUCGCUGAUUGAGCCUAUCUAAGAUAACAGGAUGCGUUGGGUUACUGCAGAAAUGUGGGCAGGUUGCCUUUCUUCAUCGAAAUAUGUUGAGAUGUUUUGUCAAUUAUUAUUAUUAUUUUAGAAUGUUGCUGCAUUAAUGUCACUUUUUCCUAAAUUCUUACGAGUAUGGAGACUACUUCUAUAAAGGUUGGAGGUGACAAAUUACCCCGGUUUUGAGAGGAUAGGUUGUGGGAAAGAUUUAAACUUUCUGAAAGAUUUACAAAUCAGUAUCAUCCAAUGCAAGGUCUGACAAAAUCAAUGGUCAGCUUCAGAUGGAUCAAAAACGGCAGGGUGGAGGCGAAUCCUCUGUUGAUUAGGCUAUAGUAGGUGACGAGUGACAGUUAAAUGCAAGCUGAAAGGGUGCGGAAACUUUCCCAAAGUGUGAGUUUUCACUCGGGCCAUGACUAAAAACCUUUUAAUAAAUGGGGACUACAGAGCUCGUGUGAGAAAUUCAUCUGAAUUGGCGACCUCCUGUAGGUGAUACAAGCAAAUAAGUAUUGAAAUGCAUAUAUUUAUUAAGACUUUGAUUGUUGAACCAAGGCUGGGCGUUUCUCCAAAGUGUGAGUAGGAAUGUAUGAGAUUGGUUUCUUUUAUUUCAGGAUUUGCUUCGAGUGUCAGACUAUGCUUCGGCUUACAGUUUCCUACUAGUAUACUUAAUAUUGAGCUGUAGAGAUGAACUGACGUAAGUUAACCUGAGGCAAGUAUUUUAUUUUAAUGCAGGCCCAUACCGUGUGACUAUCGAAAGCUUAAUGGAUCGCCUCAGCACUGACAUGCAUCAAGCGUCUCUUUCCAUUGACAAAGACUGCAGGUUAGCAUAUGUUUGUGCACUACACUCAACAUUUUCCGGCAUGCAUCCAUCCAAAAGUUGUGACACAAACAAAGACGGCGUUCUUCAAGCACAUUCAUUUCAUCAAAACUAUUGGCCCACCUUCACCCUCAUUCCAUCAAACACAUUAAUUUCGAGUUUUCAAUGGGUACCCACCUCUUUAUCAAGCACGGAAAAUAUGUCAUAGGAGGUUGGAUGCCAACAUACCGAGUUUUCAUCCAAAGUCAUGUAUUAUUUUCUAUCUCAGUCAUUUCUUGAUGCAUAUGUUUGUGUGUUUUCUCUCUCUUUUCUUUUUCUCUUGCUGUGCUGGGUCGUCCCCGAUCUGUUCAAAUGACUUCCUCGAUCUGGUCUCAAGUUCCCAGCUGUUCCAAAAGUCGUCAUCCUCCCAAUCCUGGAACCUUAAUCAUUAAAUCCAACAAAUUAUUUUCCUGUAGGAUUUCGCAACCUGGCCGCCUGCUUCUGUCCUCGUUAUUAGGUUUUCUCGUAUCAUCUUUACAUCCAAUGGGGUCUUUCCGUGCAGGGUCAUGACCGUUCACGGUUCAGAGGAUGAAAUCGUCCCAGUGGAAGAUGGCAUGGAUUUCGCAAAGCUCAUACCCAACCAUACCUUGCAGAUUAUAGAAGGUGCUGAUCACGGAUACUCAACUCAUCAAGCUGAGCUGGGGUCGCUGGUGCUGGACUUCAUAAGAUCUAACCAGGUAAAGCGAAGCCCGGGAGAAAAACGAUCUCUAGAAUCAAGAUUGUAGCCAUCAAAAGCAGAGAGAUGAGAUGGAGAGGUGCUUGGAAUUGUUUCAUUUAGUUUAGUUGAACGAAAUAUAUUGGUAAUAAUAGCAUGGCAGACUUUCUGGCGAUAAACCCUAAAAAAGUGGAGAGGAAAUCAGAAUCAGGCUGCAUCUGGGUCGAGUCCUGGGCGGAUCAAUUUUGAUUUUUUAUUAUGUUUUUGACGUGUUAUCGCAAUUUCUUCAGGUUGGGGGUGCAAAUGCCCAUGGCGAUCGCUAG